AAAACAAAAAGCCAAGAUAAACGUAAAAAUAAAAACAAAUGCUACAAAUCUAUCCCACGAGUAAAGAAUCUGAGAUUUCUUAGCCUCUUUGCCAUGCAAACAGAUAGACAAAAGAGGAGGUAAUAACAAGCAGAAACCUGCUUAAUAAUAGCGGUUGAAAGAGAGGUUCAGAGAGUGAGAGAGAGAAUUCACAACAACAACAAUAAGAAGAAAAGUUGUAAAAAGGAAAGGAACACGGAACACACAACACAGGCCAAGCUUAGAUCGAGCUCGCGCCUCAGAUACUCGAUGCUAGAAACUUAAUCGAGCAAAACCGGCAGAAACCUUGCGCUUACUCUCCUCCAUAGAAUCCCUUGCCCACAAAUCAAAGUGAAGGCGCACAGCACACACAAAUAGCUUCUGCUGCUGCCGCUGCUGACAACAUCUAAGCUUGCGAUUUUGGCAUUGUCUCAGUUUUUCAACAAUUGCUAAGAGUUUGUUAAUAAUUAAGAUGGAUGUGGUUUCGGUGCUCGUUUGAUUGCUUUUGGAUUUGGGGAAUUCUGCCCAGUUCGGUCAAUUUUUUUUGCGUUACUUUUUUUUUGCUGCUGGUUUUCGACUGAGGAGGAGCAGUGCCCAAAGAAAACUCAAAACACGCAAUUGAUGAAUAAAUUUUUUCUUUUUGGUUUCUUGUUGUGGCUUAAAUUCAAAAUAACGUGUAUGUGAGUUGUGUGGGGCUAACGCCUGCUCAACUCGCAAAUGGCCAAUAGUGGAGGGGGGAGUUAUUUCAAGAGGAGAUGGUGAUUGUCGUUGAAGUCGCCGUUGGUGGUGUUGAAUUUUUUUUUUGGUUUGUAUACGAGUAUGGUUAAUAUGGCACGGCAAAAUAAAAGUCGAACACACGAGAGUGCCUGCCCCUGCAAUGGCUGGCUUUACCUGUUCGUGAGUACAUACUUCGUCUACCUUUCAUGGAUGGCGUGGUUAUUGCCGUUACAUUUUCUGCUCUUCACUUGAGAUGGGUCUGAGUUUUGCUUGGGUGACUUCACAUUAAUUUGAAAAACCUCGACGGUAUGUCGUUGAUUCCAUGUGGCGGUGAGGUGACGGCGCCGGCACUCUGGUUGAUGAUGUUGCUGGUGCUGUGGGUUUUUUCGUUCAUUCGCUCGUUUUAAUAAUUUAGCUUGAAGCAUUUUAAAUUUAGGUUUGAAAAAAUCGUGAGCCUUCUCGUGCAUUGCUUCUUCGAGCGAGCGUCAAGCCGAGCGCCUACUCCAUCAUGCCCCUUGGUCUUCCCCAUUGCCUUCCUACUAUAGACUUCGUCACUAACUCGUUAUUUGCCGUCUUCCUGUCGACAACGACGCAAAGGGGUUGGGUGUCGUUGGUGUGGCUCUUGACUCCAUCGUUGCCUGUCUGAAUAAGUGCCUGCUGUGGCCUGUGAUUCCAGUUUGUGGUUCGUGAUCACACUGCUUAACAAAACAACAACAAUAAUAAAAACCUGGCAGCGGCAGCAACGAUGACAAUGGCAGCACGACCACCUAAAGUCCGUUGUCGAGCAAAAAUUCGUACUACGUUUGUGUGUAUGUGCGCCUGUAACUCUGGGCUCGCUCUGGCUAUAUUGUGGUUUGUCUUGUUGUUGUUAUUGUUGUUGCGCUGUGUGUGCCCCAUUGUCGAGUGCUGCUUAGCCGAUAUGUGCAUCUCCAUUGUUAGCGUUUUGUGUGGUGACGGUGACGCAGUGAAAUCCAGUUGGGUUUUAGAGAGUUGCUGGAAAACAACCAUUAAAGAAAACUCGCUAAUUUUCUUCACCCAGAGUUUGUUUUUGUUAUUGUUAGCCGUGAAAUUUGCAAACAUUUUUUUUCUGGUGCAAAAACAUCCUCAAAUACCAACCCAUGGAAAUUGUUAUGAAAGUAAAAUGUUCACCAACUCCAGUAGCUGGUACCUCAUCCGCACAUCCCUCCAUACAGAUAGUCGAACCACAUCGACAACUGCAGCAGCGUAAUGGCACUGGGGGAUACAAUAAAACAAAUACGCCACCACAACAAAUUGCAACGUCUUACACCAACAAUGAAUGUCCGCUAUCUGCUGCUUCUUGUGCCGAAUGUACUGUGGGUUAUUGUUGUAAUUUACAAACUUGCUGCUUGCCGCCAACAACAACUCUGCAAACACCGCCACCUCUAUUGCCACUGCCUGCGGGUAACUACAAUACAAAUGCCACUGCCCCAAUGGCGGCAGAGGAUCAGCCAGAAUUUGUAUCAAUUGAUGACGAAAAGGUCAAACAAUAUCUCAUGAAGUUCGGUCAACAACACCUUAUGAAGCAACGAAAAUCCUAUCAAAAUGAGGCAAAGGUAACACAUGUUGUAGCUGCUGCAUCAAAGGGGGAACAAUAUAGCCGACCAAUUGUGUAUGAAAUUAUUGAACUGGAUGACGAAAAUGAAAGGGAAAAAUUGAAACAGAUCAAGGAGCAAGCUGAAUUGAACCUCGCUGCAAAAUCGAGAACCAAUCCCGGCAUUGAUCUAAAUUUUGCCAACCGCCAUGCUAAGUCUUUGAACAUCAGCCUGAUACCAAAACCUUCGGAGACUCCACCCACUUCGCAGCCUUGUCAGACAACUGCAACAGUAACGCAAAAUCAGACAAAAAAGUCUAAGUCCUUGCCCUCCAAUCAUAGAAUUAUAGCUGAAAUUAAUUUGUUGGAUGACAGUAGUGACGAUGAAUUGUCUGUUGAGAAUGAAAGCAUCGAAGACGUGGAGGAUGAUGAUGACGACGAUGGAGAGACUUUACCAUUGGCAGCUGUCAGCUGCGAAUUGGAUUGUGACGAUGAUGAAGAUGACAAUUCUAAUUCCUUAUUGGUGGAAAGGUCUUUAGUACAUCGUGGUAGUAAUCUUCAAGUUUUAAACCGUUCAAAACACUUUGCGAAGAUUAGUAACGAAUUUGCAAAUGACCAUUUACUGGCUCGUUGGGAAGAAUAUGAAGGACAAAGGGAAAGAGUUUUCUUUGAGUGUUUCCUUUGUGGCAAAAAGGUGCAAUCCAGUUAUAACUUAAGGCGUCACAUGAUGAUUCAUACUGGUGAACGCCCCUUUGCUUGUGAUUUGUGCGAUCGUAGAUUUAGAGAGUUCAGUGAUCUAAAGAAACAUCGUCGACGUCACGCAGCAGAACCUAAUUUUAUUUGCAUGGUUUGUCGUGAAAUGCCUCCCGUCGAAAACGAUUCUACGCGUUGCCUCAAAUGCUGUAUGCAAUCGAAAAAUGUCGUUUUAAUGGCUGCAAUGAAGCGAGGCGAGGAAGAACAAGACGGAGAUCAAAUCCCAGAAGAGAGUAGUAUAACAACCCUAUCAUCGACACCCCCAUCGCCAGUAACCACAACUUCUGCUAGCACAGUAGCAACAACAACCAUGUUUUCAACUAGUUCAAAUGCGAAGAGCUCAACUACCAUACCUACCAAGAAAUUUAAAGAAAAUGUUGACAGAAUGCAACAGCAUUCAGCCAGCGUGGCAAAUACUGAAGAUACCCAUCGUUUAUUGGAGAACAUACCGGCCGUACAUAGACCAGGCCACAAUCAAUUGGGUAUGAUUACCCGCAAGGAAUUCGCUUGUCCCUUGUGCAAUCGAGCAUUUGGCACUCGUCAUAAUCUGAAGCGUCACUAUAUGAUACAUACAGGCGAGAAACCAUUCAGCUGUUCCAAGUGUCGCAAACCUUUUCGUGAAUACUCAACAUUAAAAAAGCAUAUGGUAACACAUCAACGUGAUCGUUGGUACAAGUGCAUGCAAUGUCCUAUGAAAUUUCGAGAUUUUCUCAAAUAUACCGAGCACAAAGAUUCCCAUCCCCAUCUAGAUUAUGACGAGAAGGAGACCACAAAUGAUGCCGAAGCAGGCAGAUCUUUUAGGAAAACCCAUAGCAAAUAUAAUUCCAGCGACAGUUAUAUGGAUUCAAACGAGGAUGAUUCCAUAUCGGAUGCUUGCUUAGAAUGCUGCGAAUGCAGUCAACAGUUCAAUGAUAUCGAUGCUUACAACGAGCACCUCAAGGAGCACAAUAAUAGUUGUACUGAAAUCUAUCAGUGUUGUUACUGUAAGGAUCAUUUUGAACACCGUAUAGAAUUGGAGAAACAUAUGGCGAAACAUAAGCCAGAUAGCGAUAGUGAUGAGUAUAUAAUUGAUUGAAUGUUUUUCACACAACAAAAGCUCUAAGAGAUUUUUUACAAGUGUAAGAAAAAAAGGAAUCGAUUCCUUUUUAUUAUUAUAUAAUAUUUAUGUGCUAC